GCUGCGCCCGGACCCGGGCUUCGUGCGCUCCAGCCUCGGCGCGCCCAUGCUGCUGCAGCUGGUUCUGGGGCUACUGGUGUGGGCCCUGAUUGCCAACACCCCAUACCACCUGUACCCAGCCUAUGGCUGGGUGAUGUUCGUUGCUGUGUUCCUCUGGCUGGUGACAAUCGUCUUCUUCAUCCUCUACCUGUUUCAGCUGCACAUGAAGUUGUACAUGGUACCCUGGCCGCUGGUGUUAAUGAUCUUUAAUGUUGGUGCCACCGUUCUCUACAUCACCGCCUUCUUCACCUGCUCUGCAGCAGUGGACCUGACCUCCCUGAAGGGCACCCGGCCAUAUAACCAGCGGGCGGCUGCCUCUUUCUUUGCAUGUUUAGUGAUGAUAGCCUAUGGAGUGAGCGCUUUCUUCAGCUUCCAGGCCUGGCGAGGAGUAGGCAGCAAUGCGGCCACCAGUCAGGUGGCUGGCGGCUAUGCCUAAACCACCUGUGCCACAGCCCACCCUGGGGCUGAAGUUGCCACUGGGUCACCGUGCAGGGUCACCCUGCAAAAGCCUGAGGCUGGAGCCCUGUGUGGAGUCAACCCAGCAGCGACUGCACCUGCUCCUCUGCUCAUCAGACACAAGCUCUCUCAACACUCCUAAGGAAACAGACCUAUGUGGCCAUGCAUUAUGGGCUGGCAAGAGGCCAACGGCCGAAACCUCCUCCCCAUCCCCCUUAUUCAUUGGAAGGUGAUGGGGGAUAUGGGGCUAUCCAUGUCCGAGGCUGGGGCCCACCCUUCUCACCAGCACUAAAUGCACUAACAGACUCCAGACAUGCAAUUGUAUAUGCCUAACAAGCAACACGCAUUUAUCUUAGUCUCUGUUAUAGGAGAGCUGAGCAAGCUCAUGAAAGCAUUCUGAUUUCCUUAAAACACAAUUCCGACCCUCCCCUCCUCCUAAGCCAACAUGUCACUUGUAGUGAGACAUUUGUUGGAAGAGAGUUAUGAUUUCCAACAGCAUGGUUUUCCUUCCCUGCAUUUCAGACACGCCACUUAUUUAAACCAAAUCACUUAUUUAAAUUUAAGCGACUUCUCAAGGAUGAAAACCUACCCACGUUUCAUUCCCUUUUCCAAGCCCGUAUUUGUAACACUCCCUUUGGGAAAAGCUAACAUCAAUGCCAACUGCCUCCCUGACACUGUUGAUUGGGCACAUGGGACUUGAAGGAGGGAGGGAAUCAAGACCUUGCCUGGAAAGUUGUCAUGAGGUAGAUGGUGACUUUUGUCGUUUGUUUGUUUUACAAAAAUAAAGGUGUAAGAACUUAUUUGGAAAA